GCAAAUUCUGGAUCGACUAGCAGCAAAUAAGGACUCGUAAGUUUGGAAUUGCUGCAAGUCAAAGUCAGUGAACUGUUGCCUCUAUGUUAACAGAUUAGCAGUUGUACCGUUGACCCUCCACUAAUUUCAUCACCUUAUAAACUCUGUAGAUCAGCCAUUCUUUUGUCACAUGAGUUCGCACUCACAGAGACACGGCGAGAGAGGAAGAGAAAGAGAGAGAAGACCUCAACAAUGGAUGGACCCUCAAAUGGACAUCCAAUGGUUGGUGGAGAAGGGCCUCACAGCUACUCCAGAAACUCCUCUGGCCAGAGAAUAGUCAUAGACAUGGCCCUCAAACUCAUCCAGGAGGCAGUAGACGAGCAUCUCGAGAUCAAAGCAUUCUCUUCCUCUGGAGCUUUUCUCAUCACCGAUCUCGGUUGCUCGGCCGGGCCUAACACAUUCUAUGCUGUGAGCAGCAUUCUUCAAGCAGUGGAGCAGAAGUGCCAAUCCCUAGGACUCGAGUCUCAAAUCCUGGAAUUCCAAAUAUUCUUCAGUGAUCAUGUGGGGAACGAUUUCAACACCCUCUUCAGAUCACUCCCACCUGACCGGAGAUAUUAUGCAGCCGGCGUGCCGGGUUCCUUCUAUGGCCGCUUAUUUCCCAAAAGCUGUCUCCACUUUGUUCACUCUUCCUUCGCUCUUCAUUGGCUUUCAGGAGUUCCAAAAGAAGUUCAGGACAAGAGCUCUCCAGCCUGGAACAAAGGCAGGAUAUUUUACCCCAAUGCGCACAAAGAAGUCAUCGAAGCAUAUGCAGCUAAAUUCGCUGAGGACAUGGGGGUUUUUCUCUGUGCUAGAGCGCAAGAAGUUGUUCUCGGUGGACUAAUGGUGCUCACCUUUAUCACCCGUCCAGACGGAAUUGCUCAUUCUCAAGCUUUUGUCACCAGGUGUUUAGAUUUGUUGGAAUCUUGCCUUGUGGACAUGGUCAAGAAGGGAACUAUAAGUGAAGAGAAAAUGGAUGAGUUUAACCUGCCGAUGUAUUAUGCAUCCCCCCGAGAAAUGAAAGAAUCAGUAGAAAGGAAUGGCCGUUUCAGCAUCAAGAAAAUGGUGGAGCUAGUUGAAUCAGCAGAAGCCUAUCCUCCUCCAACAGGGAAAAUGAUGGCUUCUACCUGGAGAGCGCCCCUGGAGGGAAUCUUGAAGGAGCAAAUGCAAUUCGGGGAAGAGAUGUUAGAUGAGCUCUUCAACUCGUUCACCCGGAAAUACGAAGAGUCGUCUAUCGUUGAGUUCGUGAGAGAAAGCAGCAUAACGUUUGUUCUUCUUGAAUGGAGCACUGCCGACUGAGGGAAAGUUGGUCUAGUAAGACCCAUAAAUUCGAGCUUCAUCCUUCCGCACAAGCUGCUUCAAUAUCUCUCAACUUGUUCCAACAGAGAUAUUCAAU